AUGUUACAGUUUAGGUUUCCAACAGUGCUAAAGGAGUUGUUUCAAUCCAACCUAAAGCGUCCUUUAUCAGGUAUUGCCAGAAUUAAAACGUCAUCUUCAGCCUCCUACUGCUUUAGGACCGCCUGUCACGAUGUCAGAGUUUUAUCAAAACUGAAGACGUUCCAUGCCGGAGGAUAUCGGCGUUUAUUGUACCCCUCCACAGGGGUCAAAUACUUCUGCACCAAGACCGAGGGCGCCGUUGCCGCGACUGAACAGGCGAAGAAAGAUGAAACCGGCAAAGAGGCGGCAGCGGAGAAGAGAAGGAAAGCUGGCAUUCUGCCCAGUCUGGAGGACCUGCUGUUCUAUACCAUCGCCGAGGGCCAGGAAAAAAUCCCUGCUCACAAGUUCAUCACAGCACUGAAGGCCACCGGACUGCGCACAGGUGACCCCAGGCUGAGGGAGUGUAUGGAGAUGCUAAAGAUCACCCUGAAGUCAUCCUCAGAUGGAGUCAUGCUGGACCGACACCUCUUCAAAAAGUGUGUCCAGAGCAACAUCGUGCUGCUGACCCAGGCUUUCCGCAAGAAGUUUGUCAUCCCUGACUUCCUUUCCUUUGCCUCCCACAUUGACGACCUGUACGACAGCGCCAAGAAGCUGUCAGGAGGGCAGGUUGCUGACUACAUCCCCCAGCUUGCCAGAUUCAGCCCGGACCUGUGGGCGGUCUCGCUGUGUACCGUGGACGGGCAGAGGCACACGGUUGGUGACACCAAAGUCCCGUUCUGCCUGCAGUCAUGUGUGAAGCCGCUGAAGUACGCCAUCGCCGUGCACGACCAUGGGACCGAGUACGUGCACAGGUUCAUCGGGAAAGAGCCCAGCGGUUUGCGCUUCAACAAGCUCUUCCUGAACGAGGAAGAUAAACCCCACAAUCCCAUGGUGAAUGCUGGUGCCAUAGUGUGCACCUCACUCAUUAAGCAGGGGGCAAGCAAUGCUGAGAAGUUUGACUAUGUCAUGAACUUUUUGAAUAAGAUGGCUGGUAAUGAAUAUGUGGGCUUCAGCAAUGCCACAUUCCAGUCAGAGCGUGAGUCAGGAGAUCGGAAUUUCGCUAUAGGCUACUAUCUGAAGGAGAAGAAGUGUUUUCCUGAAGGGACAGACAUGACCUCCAUUUUGGAUUUCUACUUCCAGCUGUGCUCCAUCGAGGUGACGUGUGAGAGUGCCAGCGUCAUGGCAGCCACCCUGGCCAAUGGGGGAUUCUGCCCAAUCACGGGGGAGCGCGUUCUGAGCCCCGAGUCCGUGCGGAACACCCUCAGUCUCAUGCACUCCUGCGGCAUGUACGACUUCUCUGGACAGUUCGCUUUCCACGUGGGCCUGCCGGCAAAGUCGGGCGUGGCCGGGGGCAUCCUGCUGGUGGUGCCCAAUGUGAUGGGCAUCAUGUGCUGGUCCCCGCCCCUGGACAAGCUGGGGAACAGCGUGCGAGGCAUCCAGUUCUGCACGGACCUGGUCUCCCUCUUUAACUUCCACAACUACGACAACUUGAGGCACUUUGCCAAGAAACUGGAUCCUCGCCGGGAGGGCGGCGACCAGCGGGUCAAGUCAGUCAUCAACCUCUUGUUUGCUGCCUACACUGGAGAUGUAUCUGCUCUAAGGAGGUUUGCUCUCUCCUCCAUGGAUAUGGAACAGAGGGACUAUGACUCCAGGACUGCUCUUCAUGUUGCAGCCGCAGAAGGACAUGCAGAAGUGGUACGUUUCCUACUGGAGGCCUGCAAGGUCAACCCAGUUCCCAGGGACAGGUGGGGCAAUACUCCGAUGGACGAGGCCGUGCACUUCGGCCACCAUGACGUGGUGACCAUCCUGCAGGACCACCACAACAAGUACAGCCCCCAGGACAGCAGCAGCAACAAGGAGACCGCAGAGAAAAACCUGGAGAGCCUGCUGUAGAAUUCAUCGUGGAGAAAAAAAGAACACCUUUGCUGGUAAUCAGUUCCUGUCUUCCUACGGUGAUGUUGACUUUGUACGAUAGUGUUGUUUCUUUGGAGACCAAAAAAAAAAACCUACACUUUUAAAGUUCUUUUCAGUUCCUUGACCUUUGGUUUCUCUGGUGUCAUAAACUGUGCUCUCUUCUUGUGUGGCGUUGGAGUAAAUUCUCUUUGUUGCACUGUGUAGAAUAUGGAACUUCUGCAACAAGUGUUCAAUUUCUUUAUUUUCUUCUGAAUGUGUAAUUCUGUAUUAAAUUAUUAUAAUACAUAUAUUAUACGCACAAUGGAUACCAAAAGUCUGACGACACUACCAAGAACUGAUUGUUUUCAUUAUUUACCAAGGAACAGUGCAAUUAUGAUACUAUAAUUACACUUCUUUUUCGAGAAUACAUUAUUGAGAACAAGGGAAGUUUGAACACAGUCAUGAACACAAUCGAAUAUCUGUUGGAGCAGUUGAAUAAAAUGAAAUGAAAAGAAAAAUGAGAUGAAAAAAUGAAGAAAUUAAUGAAAUGAAAUUGGGAUGAAACUGAAGAUGAGGUGUUGCGUUAGCUGGUGGGACACACCAAUUACUAACACACCUGCACUUUCUUUGAAGUAUAUUUUAAAAAUGUACUCAUGAAUAAGAAGUAUAAUGGAGUAGCAUAAUUGUAUUAUCAGUUCUUGGAAGUGUCCUCAAACUUUUGGUCCCCACUGUAUGUGUGUGUCUAUAUAUAUAUAUAGUGUGUGUGUGGAAAUAGCUGCUUAUAAAAUGCUUGAAGGGUGUGCUUUAAAAAUAACUUGUCCAAAUGACUAUUUGUUCAGAGGCUGAAAUUAUGUGACGUGACCAUCUUAGCAUUUUGUUACUGGUCUCAAGUUAAUCUUUGUUCUCCAGUUUUCUCCUUAUCAUCAUUUCAAAGGACUGCGCAAUGUUACUCUGCUGCAAAUGUGUGGGAAGUGCAUGCAACUGGCUGGACAGCUAUUUAUUCUAAUCGCUGCAACGCCGGGAGAUGCAGGUACAAACUGGCACAAGCUUGGUGGUAACUAGGCCAGUGUUCCCUCCUUCUUUUAAAUGAUCUGGUUCCUGGAACACAUUCGUGAAGGCUUGACCUUACCCCCUAAAACCUAAAUCUGUUACAGAACAGACCAACUUAUUUCCCCCAUAUUAUAACUAAGCUGGAGCCCUUAAAUGUCAUUAGUGAUGUUUACAGUAGAGACAUCCAUUGUCCAAUGAUGGCUGGAGCACUUCGUCAUUGGGAAAAGCACAUUGAUUGUUACUGUACAGAAGAUGUGAACACGCACAUACUUAACAUGAUGCAUGCCUGUAAAUUCUGCACCUUCCCUCAGUGAAUGUUGUGUGCGUGUGUGUGCGUGUGUGUGCGAGUGUGUGUAGGUGUCUACAUCUAUGAAAGUAUAAGUCAUGAGAGCUUUGUUGUACAGUGGGAUAACGUCAAAUUGAAAAUAAAAUGGAAAAGAGCCUGUCUGUGUUUGGCAGAGUUACGGAUCAGCUCACAUAAACUGCUGUGUAUAAUUCUGAGCAGCAACAGCCACACUGUCCAGGGGGUGGACUCCUGUACUUUUUGCUGGGAGUAGGUUCAGAUCUGUUCCAUGUGCUUGGAGUAGGUUCAGAUCAGUACCUUGUGCUGGGAGUAGGUUCAGAUCAGUACCUUGUGCUGGGAGUAGGUUCAGAGCUGUACCUCGUGCUGGGAGUAGGUUCAGAUCAGUACCUUGUGCUGGGAGUAGGUUCAGAGCUGUACCUCGUGCUGGGUGUAGGUUCAGAUCUGUUCCAUGUGCUGGGAGUAGGUUCAGAUGUGUACCAUGUGCUGGGAGUAGGUUCAGAUCUGUUCCAUGUGCUGGGAGUAGGUUCAGAUGUGUACCAUGUGCUGGGAGUAGGUUCAGAUCUGUUCCAUGUGCUGGGAGUAGGUUCAGAUGUGUACCAUGUGCUGGGAGUAGGUUCAGAUCAGUACCAUGUGCUGGAAGGUGCAGAUUUUUCACAGCGCUGAAUGUAUUCCUUUUAUGUUUUUUUUUUUUCUCAGUUAUACUGAGAUAGUUACAAGUGUGCAUUAGUGCAGGUAAUGGAAAUAUUUAUAUUUGUGAACAAUGUCAAAUAAAGCAAUGCUUUCACGACA